GGUAGGUCCUGCCCUGGGCGGAAGAAGUCGAUCCCAAGGCAUUUCCAGUUCCGGUGUCAGUUCGAGGCGCCGCCGCCGCUGCAGCAGCCGGAGCCGAGAUGCCCAAAGGAGGUAGAAAGGGAGGCCACAAAGGCCGGGUGAGACAGUAUACAAGCCCUGAGGAGAUCGAUGCCCAGCUGCAGGCUGAGAAGCAGAAGGCCAACGAAGAAGACGAACAAGAAGAAGGUGGAGAUGGGGCUUCAGGUGACCCCAAAAAAGAGAAGAAGUCUCUAGAUUCAGAUGAGAGUGAAGAUGAAGAUGAUGACUACCAGCAAAAGCGAAAAGGUGUGGAAGGGCUCAUUGACAUAGAAAACCCCAACCGGGUGGCACAGACAACCAAGAAGGUCACACAACUGGAUCUGGAUGGGCCAAAGGAGCUUUCAAGGAGAGAACGAGAAGAAAUCGAAAAGCAGAAAGCAAAAGAACGCUACAUGAAGAUGCAUUUGGCUGGGAAGACAGAGCAGGCCAAGGCUGAUCUUGCCCGGCUGGCAAUCAUCCGGAAACAGCGGGAGGAAGCAGCAAGAAAGAAAGAAGAGGAGAGGAAAGCAAAAGAUGACGCAACUUUGUCAGGAAAACGAAUGCAGUCACUCUCCCUGAAUAAGUAAGCUGGCCUGUGGGAGGAGAUGCCGGGGAACUGGGCCGUGCCGCCAGGACCUCUGCCAUGUCUCACCCACCCUGUGCCCUGGCGCCGCUGCAGCAGCCCCUCGUGGCCAGGAGCCCCCACGGCCUGGGGCCUCCUCUUCAUCUUGGCACAGAAAUUGUUCAGGGGAUGUGGGAGGGCUGGGGGGAGGGGCAAGCUGCUAUCUUUGAGACAGAAAGAUGCAGGACAGCAUUUCAUACAUAACCAUUUGAAUGUUUUUGCUGUUUUUAAGGGGUGCCUGGGAAGUGGGGUAAAGAGAUUCCAUUUGUCCAGUAGAUUGCACGUGGGGGAGGGGGGAGAAUUAAUGCCAACAGGCAGCUGCUGUGGGAGUUGAUGACAACCAGCCCAGAUUGUUGUCUGGGUGCUCACUCAGGGGCUGUUAGGAAGCCUGUGCCCCAAAGCGUCCGAGGUUUGUGCCUGGCCAGUUCCGUCCAAUGAGGCCUCUCCUCUCUGACCUGUUCUGCCCCUUUUCCAUUCAUCUGGUCAGGGCUAGUAGCCAUUUUUAACCCUACCCAUUGAUCAUUUCAAGAAACCUCUGGUUACUGUCCAUCACCCAGACAAGACACGCUCCUUAAAUUCAACUUGUAUAUUUGGCAGAUUAAACAACAUUAUCGUAA